UCCCGUCCUCGCGCAGACCCGAGGCUGAUAACCGGCGUUUGUGGUUUCCAAUGGCAACCGCGCGCGCAGAGCUCCAGUCCCGAGAACAACCGUCGCGGCGGCCUGUCCCGUUCCGAGAAGUCACUGCUUUACCGACACAAUGUGAAGCUUAUCGCGGAGAUAAACAUCUGCCCACCCUCGACCCUGAACAGCUAAGCUGGUAAAGACGAUGGAUGGAUGGAAUGAAUCUACUCAUGCAAUAUUGGGAUGUCAGUGACUCUCCUGGAUGAACAGUUGGAUAGUAAAAAACGAGAGUCUGCCGUCUGAUCAUGACUGCCUCGGUUUGUCCCGGAGUCAAAGUUUCAGAGCUGUGUGCCGACGGGGACAGGUUCCUUCGAAGCGGGAACCUAGCGGAGGCCACCUCGCUGUACAUGUCUGCCUUCAGGACUCACGCCACCUCCGCCGUGUCCCACAUGAGGAAACUGGAGAGAUCUAGUCUGGGAAGGGUCAUCUCCACUCUAGAGGGCUGGCUGGACGGCCGCGGGGACGACCGGUCAGCUGAGAGCAUCAACAAAGGUCUCGCGGCGGUUUUCCUAUCCACGCUGUGUCCUAACAACUUGACUGCCACCGUUUUUAAAAUGGAGUCCCUUCUCCAGAGCGGUGGGCUUGGCUGCGAGGAGAUCUCGGCGCGCUGCACCGCUCUACUCGAGGCUGAGCGUGAUUUCCCUCAGCACGGUUCCGUUGGGAUGUUGCUGCAGGUGACCCAGGCUCUGGCCUGCCUGUUUUCACAGCCUGACGGUCCGAAGGGGCUAAGGCUUUACCUAAAAGCUUAUCGCUGCGACAAGUUAGAAACGGUCUCGCUGGUGCGUAGCAGACAGACUGCACACCUGCCCAAAAUCGUAAAGGCCUGCAAAGAUCAAGCGAUGCUCAUACAUCCCUGUUUCGCCUUAGACGAUAAGAAGUCGGUGACCCCAGUGGAGAAGGCCGCUGCAGAUGCAGAGGAUUUUUCUACGGCGGUCGAGUUUCUAAUGGCCGUCGCUCCUGAUGACCGCGAGGUGCAGGAGCUUCAGGCGGCAGAUUUGUUCCUGAGGGGCAGGUUUGUGGAAAGCGCAGAGGUGUACUCUGCUCUGCUGCAUCAGAAGUCCCCUCCAGACCCCGCAGAAAACAUCCCCCAGGGUGGUCCCGAGAGGAAAGCCAGGCUCUUAACCUGCCGGGCGGCCGCGUGCCUCUCUGCGGGCGGGAAGACCGCGGAGAAGUGCGCCGAUCUGGGCGAGGCCUUUGAGAUCCACCCUGCCACCGCCAGAGCUCACUUCAACAAGCUCUUCGCUGAUCGUGGGACGGGGACGGCAGCUCGCCACCACCUUCGUCAGCGGGCCGAGAGGGGCUUGUCUGGCUUCAGAGAGACGGUGGCAGUCCGCGCAGACCUGAGAUCUACAGAGGGAGUCGAACUCCUGCGCCCUGUCGUCACUGCCUUACGGACCCUGUGCCACCUGGAGCCUGACGGAGGAGGCAGAGAGCUGCGGGUGAGGCUGGCGGACUGCCUCCUCCUCAGUGGGGAGCACAAGGAGGCUCUCUCUAUCUGUAGCCAGCUAGCCGCUGCCCAGGGACAACAGAGCUAUCCGAACACAGUCCAGGUCCUAUGUGGAUAUGCCCGGCUUCUCUCCGGGGACCACAAGGGGGCGUUGAGAGACUUCCAAGCCGUGAUAGAGCACGACACCCCUCACCCAUCCAGCUGUGUGCGAGCGCUGUGCGGCAGGGGGCUGCUGCGCAUGACGGCCGGGUCCAAUUACCUGACAGCGCUGGACUACGCCACCGCCAGCGGGCUGGACCCCCAGGAAACGGCCCUGACCGUCCGCUGCCUGGUGCCGUGGAACCUCAGGGGGCUGCUGGUUACCGUCCUGCUCGAGCAGGGUCGAGUCAUGCUGGAGGGGUCGGUGAAGGACAGACGCCGGUCCAGUUCAAGAGAAGAUCAGCAGCAGCAGCGGAGGCCCCGAGAAGAGGGGACGCUGCGGGCCCCAUCAAAGAGGGAAAGCCACAGCUCAGGAACUCCUGCUGGUGUCCAUUCUCUGGCUGGGCUGCUCAUGGACCUUCAGCCCCACGCUGAUGGGCCUCAAAUCCUCGCAGCAGAUGCCUUGUACCAGCUUGGCCGAGUAGAGGAGGCCUACAGGUUGCUGUUGUCUGCGGGGACCCCCAAUCCUCGGGCUCCUCUCCUUGCUCGCCUUGCACUGCUGCAGCUCCACAGAGGCUUUCUUUACGACACCAAUCAGCAGCUCAAAAAGCUUCUUGCAUGCGGGCAGACCAGCUGCCUGCGCAGCCUGCUGGCUGUGGCGCAACAAAAAGACCGGGCCCUGCUGCAGGGACACUGCCACGCAGCGGCUAAACGCAUCCUGGACGGCUCGAGAGAGGAGAGCUCAGUCAGGGAAGCUGUGGCGUAUCUCUCCAUCGCUAUCAUGGCCUCUGGUGGCAGGGCAACAGAUUCCCUGUUGGAAAGGGCGAGGUGUUACGUGCUGCUGGGCCAGCGAAAGACAGCCGUAUUCGAUUUCAGUGCCAUUUUAAAGGAGCAUCCGAAGCAUGUCCAGGCUUUCUGUGGAAGGGGCUUCACAUACCUCAUGCUCAAUCAACAGAAGGAAUGUGUUCGCGAUAUCCUCACAGCUCUUCAGAUAAAAACUGACACAGUCGUCAGAGAGAUCCUGUCGCUCAAGGACAAAGCCCAGAAGCUGGUCUGUGAUUGGCUGCAUCAGUUCUGUCGCACCAGUUUGUCCGACACCGUGACCGCUCAUUCAGUGCCAUGCCACGACGAGCAGCUCAGGGAGGCUUUCAUAAUUGGUGGCGCUUUGAUGAGGACAGACAGCAGAGACCCCAGAUGGCAUCUUCUCUAUGUGGACAUACUGUUAGCUAAAGGUGAUGUUAAGGCAGCUUCCAGCCAUCUCUGCCAGGUGUUUGGCCAGGAACCGAGGGAUGCAGCGGCCCAGGCAAGGCUGGGAGUGUUGGAAAGCUGGCAGCAGAAGUACUGCAGUGCAGCCCACAGGCUAAGCAAAGCCACUGAGAGAGAUUCAUCUAGUCUGGAUUUCUUGCUGGCUCUGAUCCCAUUAAAUCAGCGCAAAUGCAUGGCGCAGGCAGCGGCGCAGGAAGCCGAGCUUUUGUCGUCCGUCGGUCGGUGGGAUCAGGCUCUCCCGCUCCUGACGGCGGCAGUACGAGCAGCGGGCCGUCACGGAUCACAGUACCUUCGCCAGCGGGCUGCCUGCUUCGCACAGCUCGGCUCACAUGAGCGGGCCGUAGCCGACCUGGACGCGGUCAUCCGCGAACACGGCGGAUCUGACCCCAGCUGCCCCAAAGAUGCCGGGAUCUGCGCGGAGGACAUGUGCCGGCGGGGCCGCAGCUUGGUGCUCUGCUCCAGAGAGGCAGCCGCCCUGGAGGACUUCGCCCAAGCCUUGGGUCUCCACAAGGAGCAGACCCUUCGGUGCGUAGAGGCGGGUCUGGGGAGGCAGCGUCUGGCUGAGUGCUUCAUGCGAGGGGCCCUGCAGCAGUACGGCGAGCAGCGGCUCAGUAAAGCCUGGACCCUGAUCGAAUGCGGCCUGGCUCUGGACAGCGAUAACGCGGAGCUGCGCAGACUCAGAGCAAGGGUCAAACGAGAGGCGGCCGGCCCUUGCAACGUCAACUAGCAACCGAUAGAAAUCACAAGGUGGACACAGAAGUUAUCAUGAACAGCUUCUAGAUUUGGGUCGUAUAAAUCAUGGAUAUUCAAGGCACAUUACUUUACUUCAUGUCUUCCAAGUUUAGCCCAACUUUAACGACAGUGUCUGUAAGCAAUCAGUGUGAUGGAAGUAUGAUGGAAGAAUAUUUAAUAUGAUGCAAAUAUAUUGUUAUUUUUUUUUAGAUAUUGAACAACACAACCAGAUAACUUUGUUAAAUAUAUACAUUUACCAUGGGAACAUUAGUAAAGCCAUUGUUCAAACAAACACUCAAUCCAUACAGGUGCUUAUUUUACUGAAAAGCAAGACUGCACCUCUUCAUAUUUAUUCUAAACGGUCUCUCCUUAUCAGGAGACUUAAGAAAGUGCCAAAUGUGCAGGUUUUGUGUUUUUUAAAAUGCUGGAGGCAUUUCUUUAAUCAUAUUCAUGGCAGUAAACACUCUUUAAAAAGCCAAAGAAAUACAGAAAAAGCAAAAAAUAAAUACAGAAAAGCAAAAA